UGAAAGUGGUAGUGUGUGCAGUGGGAAAAGUGAAUUGAAGUGCUCUGGAUGGGAAUUUUGGGAUGAUCUGGACAGAAUGCAUACCAAAUUUCUCAAUUGAAGGAACAAACAUUCCUUGGAAACAGGAGGUGAAAUAUCUGGAUACUACAUUGGAUCAAAAACUUAAUUGGUCAAAGCAAAUUGAUUUGGUCUGUGGUAAGGCAAUGAAGAACUGUAACAUACUAAGGACUCUGUGUGGAACCUGGUGGGGUGUCCAACCUGAUGAACAUGCUAACAAUAUAUGGAGCAUUGAUUCGACCGCAAUUGGAUUUUGGGGCUCUGAGGCACUAAGAACAAGCCUGGGACUAAUGCGGUCUACUCCAGUAAACAUCUUGCUUUCCGAAAGUGGUGAAAUGACGCUGGAAAAAAAAAGAAAGUUGUUGGCAUCAGAGUUUAUACUGAAAAGAAUGAGAUACAAAAAAAAUCCCACAUUGCAAAAUAUUGAAGAAAUAAUACCAUUUACGGGUUUUUGGAACAAUAAAAAACCACCCUUCGUUGAGAUAUAUGAAAAAAUAGGGCCAAAACCAAGACUCCUGGAGAGAAAAAAAACUACCAAUAUACAACUUGGAUAUAGAAGGACACAUUAGGAAUCGCGAUUUUAUAGUGGCACCAAUAGAAAAAAGCAGUAUUGACACAUCCAUACAAUUCCAUUCCUUUUGUGAAAAAUAUGUAAAAUCCCCAUACCUAUACCUUUUCUCCCAUAGGGAGAACUGGAAUAUACUCGGAGAAUCUGUCAGCAUCCAUUAGACUGCCAGAUCAUUGGUCAGGGUACACUGCAGAAAUGUUCACGAUUGGAUAUUACAUUAAUGAUAUACUGUGCCAAGUUAAUGAAAUAAUAGCAUAUGCAGAUGGCACAGUUUUAAUGUUGACAGUGAAUUAGCAUAGGUAGCAGACAUGUCGGAAAAACGCAAAAGGGACCCAAAUUUCCAACCUGAAGAGAAAAUUCAAUCUUUCACUUGAUAACAUAGAAAAACAGAAGAAACAUUCAACGAAUCUUGAGAUACUGAAAUGAUAUUUAAAAAUUUAGUAUUGAAAAUACAAUGUCAAGAUAUAAUUUACACCUUCAAUAUUUUCUUUAUAUUGUAAUAGUUUCCCUGCAUUUGAAAAUGGUCAUUAAUUCGUUUUAUUUGAGAAAUGAAGGGCCGAUUUCUAAGACUGAGUGCAUAUCCAAUGGACGAGCCCAUGGUUUCCCUAAGUUUGGGAAACAAAGAUGAGGAAGAAGAAGAAAUACUAGCUUCUAUACUGUGAUACUUGACAGUUAUGUUAUAAACACAAAGUCAACUCAGGAGUCAGGUUGUAUCAUAAGUCAUAUCAUAAAUCACCAAAGUUUUGGUUACAUUAUUAACGAACCAAUUUUGUUAUUAUUUAUUGGAAUGUGUUCUAUCUUGAAUGGUACAUGAAAUGGCAUCGGCUUGCCCAGAAACACCACCUGAGCAUCUCCAUUCCAAAACAAUUAUAGUUAUUCAUCCAGGAUCUUUGAAUUUGAGGGUUGGGCGAGCAUCUGACUUGAAUCCCUUAACUUUGCUUCACGCUAUUGCACGAAGGGCUCGAUCUAACGGCCAUAUAUACAGAGACUCGUUUUUACCAGAGCGAAUUGAUUUGACACAACCACAGGAAUUUGAAGAAGCUCGUCUUGCUGUAUCACAUACACUUCAAUCUUGUUUGCAAUCUGAUGGACAGAGACGGUAUGCCACACCUCCUCAGCAGAUUGCGGCAUUUAAUCGAAGAUCAGAACCAGAAAUAUUGGCCCCCAAUGGAGGAGAAUGGUUGAAAACUGAUGGAGAUAUUAUUAUAGGAAAUGACAUUUUAGGUAUAAACCCAGCUGAACCCUACAAUAUAAGUUUUCCUUUCAAAGGAGGAGAUUUCAAUGUUCAUAGCGGACCUGGUGGUUCUAUGACUGCAGUAUUAGCUGAUUUGGAAACCAUCUGGACCCAUGUUAUUGAAACUCAUUUUCAAAUCAACAAAAAAGAUUUUAAAUACCACAAAGCUGUUUUAAUUGUUCCUGAUGUUUACAAUCGUACAUACUUAAGAGAAUUGAUGUAUUUAUUGCUGAGUAAAAUGGAUUUUGGUAGUUGUUUCUUGGUUCAGGAUCAUGUUGCCGCUACUUUUGGAUCAGGUUUGAGUUAUGCCUGUGUUAUUGAUGUUGGUGAUCAGAAAACCUCUGUAUCUUGUGUGGAAGAUGGCAUCUGUCAUCCUCAUACAAGAGUGCGACUGAAUUAUGGUGGCGGAGAUAUUGCACAAAUAUUUUACUGGUUGCUCCAAAAAUGUGCCUUUCCAUAUAAAGAUUGCAAAGACCAGAAUAAACUAGAUGCAAUGUUACUUCGGAAACUGAAAGAAGAAUUCUGUCAUGUGAAUUUAGAUAUUUGUGGAUCUCAAGAAAAAACUUUUAUACUCAAGCAACCUGGUAAGGCUGUGAUGCAGUACACAAUUCAAGUUGGAGAUGAGUGCAUUGUUGCUCCUUUGAGUUUAUUCAGUCCUGAAUUAUUUGGAAUAACAGGUCCAAAAUCUAUUCAUACCCAAAAACCUUCAACUGGAGACCCAGAAGAUCCUCAUGAUGAAAACUAUUUGAGAGACAUCAGAAGGAGAGUAAUAAAAGAAAAUUUGGAUCAAUCUGCUACCGAUAUCACGGAAAACUUCUUGGAGCAAUCUGGCCAACACAAUAACUUAACGGAAGAGGAUAUUGUAGUUGAUGCAAUAGAUAAUGCUCCAAUUGGAAAUGAUCGUGAAUUUGUGAUAAAUCCAGGACAAAUUCUAGGCUUAGAUCAGGCAGUUCUACAAAGUAUUGACAGAUGUCCUAACGAAGAUUUGAAAAGAAAGAUGUAUGGUUGUAUAUUAGUUGUAGGCGGUGGUAUGAAGUUUGCAGGUAUUGGUACUUGGCUGCAGAAUAGAAUAUCCUUGCAAAUUCCUUAUCUUUAUCGGGCUGAGCAGUUAGACAUAAUCACCAAUCCCAGAGAUAUGGAUCCAUCCAUGAUAGCUUGGAAGGGAGCUUCAAUUUUAUCGUGUUUGGAAACAGCACAUGAAUUAUGGAUUUCCAAGGCUGAGUGGGAAAAAUAUGGUGUGAGAAUACUAAGGGAGAGAGCACCUUUCACUUGGUAGUUCAAUAAUUUUUUUUUACUUAAAAACAAGGUGUUAUUUAUAUAGCAAUAAUUCUAAUAAAAAGUAUUUAAAUUCUCCUAA